AUGCCAUCGAUUGAUGAGUCAGACCGCGCAGCAAAUAUCACCACAACCACCAACAACAACACCACCAUCACAGACACAAAGCCAACACCAGCAACCACCACUGCCACCACCAACGAGCCUACUACCACCACCGCCCCGAAGGGCAGUAUAGACAUCGACGACUUUGCCUGCAGUGACGGCGAGGGGGAAGCUGAGGGCGAAGGCGAGGACUACGACAGCGACAGCACCGCCCACGACGUCACCUCACUGUCGCCGGGCUGCUGCUCGCGCUUUGCCGCCCUGACCGGCCUGGACAUCAACGAGAUCAAGCGGGAGCUGGCCGCCCACAACAGACACAGCUCCACCGGCACUACGGCACCCGCCACGGGCCCUGACCCACCAAAACACCGCUGCCACGGCCCGCGCUCCGCCUUCGAGGGCGCCGACCACGCCCACCUGCAGUACAUCGAGAAGAAGGCCAUGGCCCUCAACCGCGUCGACGGGCCGGACGACCUGUAUGUCGGCGGCGUCUUUGCCCUGCGCAGGCCCGGCGCCAUGGAGGGCAAGGGAAUCACUCACAUCCUCAGCAUGAUCAAGUACAGCUUUGUCGACUGGCAGGGCUUCGAGAACCAUUAUGUCCACCUCAGCGUCGACGUGGACGUAGAAGACGAGGACCUGCUGGUGCACCUGCCCCGCGCCGUGAGGUUUAUUGAGAGGGGCCUGCGCGGCGGGGAGGGCCCCUGGCCGCGGGGCACUGCGCUGCCGGGGACGAGGCGGAGAGGCGGAGAAGGCGAGCAGGACGGGGCCACAGACGAGGACGGCGAGCGGGAGAAGCCCAGGACCGAGUCAUUACCAGAGGCGCAAAUGCGCAACAUCGCCCUGCAGGAGCACGCACCUGCGCCCGCCGACCCCUCCAAGCCCGGCGCCGUCUUCGUCCACUGCGCCAUGGGCAAGUCGCGCUCCGUCACGGCGGUCCUGGCCUACCUGCUGUGGAAGUACCCCCACCGCUACGGCCUGACGCCCUCCAUGCUCGACCCGCACCAGCGCGCCCCGGACGCCGACACGGCCCGGAAGGCCGUCCAGGCCGCCCUCGACUGGGUGCGCCGGACGCGCGAGAUCGCGGAGCCGAACCCUGGGUUCAUGCAGCAGCUCGAGAUGUGGGUCAUGAUGAGGAUGCCCACGGCUGGCGGCGACGAGGCCGUGGAGAAGCACCCCGUCUACCAGCGGUGGCUGUGGGAGCGCGAGGUCGAGGAGAGCGCCAAGAUCGGCAGGGCCCCCGAGUGGAUCCGCUUCGAGGACGACCACGCCGACGAGGAGAAGCUGCCGAAGCCCGACAAGGGCGCCCAAGACGGUGUCGAUGGCGGCGACGACGAGUCCAAAACAACGAUCAGCGAGCUCCGCUGCAAGAAGUGCCGGCGCGUCCUUGCCACGUCACGGUUUAUCAUCCCGCAUCAACAGCACCAGCAGCAGUCCGCAGCCACAAAGAGCAGACCACCCUGCCCGCACCACUUCAUCGAGCCACUAUCGUGGAUGAGCGACGUGCUGGGGGAGGGCCUCCUGGACGGCCGGCUGAUGUGCCCCGGAAACGGCGGCGGCGGAUCCCGGUGCGGAACCAACAUCGGGCGCUACGCGUGGCAGGGGUUCAAGUGCAGCUGCGGCGAGUGGGUUUGCCCGGCGUUCUCGCUCCAGGCGAGCAAGGUCGACGAGAUCAGGGUGCCGAAGAAGCAGCAGCACGGGCCUGGGGGAGCAGGAGCAGGAGCAGCAGCUGAUGACCCUUCUGCUGCCAGGGCUGCGGCGCUGGGGAUCCGCAUGCCUCCUGGGAGGAGGCCAAAUAACCUUUAG